AUGCUUCUCAAGCGCCUUGCCCCAAGUCUACCUCCUCACCUAGCCACACUUGUCCCUCGUCUAGUGCUUCUUACCCGCCGCGACGUCCUUCUCUCCCUCCUCGCGUCUUCCCCCUCGACCUCGGGCACAUCCACCACCGACCCAGAAGCGCUCGAUGAGCUCGUUGCCUAUUGCCUCGCGCGAAUUCCCGUCCCCGUCGAGAGCGGCAAUGCGAUCGCUACCAAAGAGCGAGCGAGGGAAGCCGACCGCGAAAGGGCCCGUGCAGCACGAGCGCGGAUGGGACUGGACGGCACGUUCGGAAUCCCAGAACUCGACGCCCUCGGCGACCAUGGUGUCAUUGGGGUGUGUGGAAGCAAGGGAGUCGGAAAGUCGCUUCUCGCUCUCCACGCUACGCUCAGGCUUCUCGCGAGCGACUCCACAGCCACAGCCCGGUGGAUCGACACGGAAGGCGCGUUCAAUGCGUCGCGAGCACAGGCAGUGGCUGCGGCUCUGGGUCUCAAUGAAUCCAUUCUCGACCGUCUGGCUGUAUCCAAUGUGUUUCGACUCGAGCCCGAGCUCUUUGAUGUGCUCGGCGAGCUGCGCGGGAGCGACAGCUUGAGAGUUCUCGUCAUUGACAAUGUGGCUCCUCUCUUCCGCGACGCGUUGAUGGGCACUACCGCUCAAGGCCACGCCGCCAUGGUGACUGCCAUGGACGAGGUCGCGGACCUGACCUACGACCAAGGCCUUCUGACCAUUGUGACCAACAUGCCUGCCUCUUGUGUCCCGACCAACCCCCUGUCCGCCUUCUCCACCACCACUGUCAAGCCAGGACUCGGUGCAUCGUUUGCCUUUUCCACAGACGUGGAGCUUCUCCUCCAGGACACUGGACGCGUCUUUGGCCUCGUGGACGAGGGUGAGCGGGAUCGCGCCCACUCCGGCCCGGGACUCCGAGUGGUUGCAGAGGUGCUCAAGAGCAGAGUUUCGGUGGGUGACUCAUUGUUGGAUAGAGGUCCUGACCCAGACAGCCCUCCGGCACCUGGACCGUGUUCGAGACGGCCUCUUCAAUGUGCUGCCACCACCGCUGGAAGAUGCCAGGACGACAGAACGAUCGCGAGGCGUGCCGACGGGCCGACCUUCCCUCGGCCCGCUGCACGAGACGCUUGCACCCUCCAUUUUGCCUCUGCGUGA